CGAGGGGGUGUGCAGGCGGCCCCCACGGUGGGGGGACGUCCCCGUGGGGAUGUUCGGACUGCCCUCACGGGGCAGGAGAACGAAGUGUCUCCAGGGCUGUGUGGAGGCUGUCCCAGCGGAGGGAGGGAGCAGGGCGCGCGCCCAGGGUAUUGGGGUCAGAGCCGCAUUAGCCUGCUCGAGCCGAGCCACGCUGACUCAGCCCUGCCCGUCCCUGUCCUGUCCCGUCCGGUCCCGUCCGUCCUGAUGGCGCCUGUGCUGGCCCUGCCGCUGCCCCUCAGGGCCCGUGUGCGCCUGGCACAGGGGCUUUGGCUGUUGUCUUGGCUGCUGGCACUGGCGGGCGGCCUGGUGCUACUGGGCGCCGCGCACCUCCUGGCGCAGCUGCGCACCCUGGGCGCCUUCCUGCCCCCGAGCUGCCACUUCCCAGCAUUGCCCAGGGUUGCGCUGCUGGCGGGCGCUGCGGCUCUGGGAACGGGGCUGGGGGGUGCGGGUGCCAGCCAGGCCAGCCUGGACGCUGCGCGCUUCUCUGCCUGGCGCGCAGCGCUGGGUCCAUUACUGCUGGUGGGUGCGCUAGGCGGUGGGGGGCUGCUGGUGGUCGCCCUGGGGCUGGCCUUGGCACUGCCCUCGGGCCUGGACACAGGGCUGCAGGAGGGGCUGGGGUCUGCCCUAGCCCACUACAAGGACACAGAGGUGCCCGGGCACUGCCACGCUAAGCGGCUGAUGGAUGAGCUGCAGCUCAGGCACCGAUGCUGUGGGCGGCAUGGCUACAAGGACUGGUUUGGGGUCCAGUGGGUCAGCAGCCGCUACCUGGACCCCAGCGACCAGGACGUGGCUGACCGCAUCCAGAGCAAUGUGGAAGGCCUCUACUUGACUGAUGGUGUCCCCUUCUCUUGUUGCAACCCCCACUCACCUCGGCCCUGCCUGCAGAGCCGCCUCUCGGACCCCUAUGCCCACCCGCUCUUCGAUCCUCGGCAGCCCAACCUAAACCUCUGGCCCCAGGGGUGCCACGAGGUGCUGCUGGAUCAUCUACAGGGCCUGGCGGGCACCCUGGGCAGUGUGCUGGUUGUCACCUUCCUGCUACAGGCACUGGUGCUCCUCGGCCUGCGGUACCUGCAGACAGCGCUGGAGGGGCUUGGGGGGGUCAUCGACGGGGAGGGAGACACCCAGGGCUACCUCCUCCCCAGAGGGCUCAAGGACAUGCUGAAGACAGCGUGGCUGCAUGGAGGGGGUGCCACAAGGCCAGCACCUCCCGAGGCGCCCCCAGAAGAGGCCCCUGCCCAGGAAGGCCUGCCUGAGGCCUAGGGGCCAGGGUGGUGGGGGGUGCCACAGAUGUGGGGAACUCAGCUUCUUGCUGGGAGGGCCUGGGUUGAGAAACAGUCCACAAGCUAAACAGGGUCACAACGGGCAUCCUCAUCCACCUCUGUGAACAGGGAAGGUUAGGGAUGACUGGAGGCUGCUUCUGGACAGACUUCAUAAUAAAGCUUUCGGACAGAA